AUGAAAGCUACUGGUAUAUGCCCUGUCAGAACAGAUAGAAUAUAUGCUGAAAUAAACUGUUUAUCUGGUCUCGUUUAUUCACCAUAUGAUUUGUUUAAAGAAGUAGGAUAUGAAAGAAAUUAAGAAGGAAAUAAUAGAUCUGUUUGCAUAACUUACUUACUAAUGUAAAAGGAGGUUCUAAAGAAUUUGUUAAUGUAUUUUGUUGAUAGAGGAUACAGCAUUGCUUAAUAUUAUGAAGAUAAUAAGUACUUUGAUUUUAAUUUACCUCCUCCUAAUAAAACUAUGUUCAAAUUAGUUUGUACUGAUUUUAUGCCAAGUAUCUAUAAGAGUCCUUAAGGAUACAUUUUCUAAUGUAGUUGUCCUGUUUUUGAGAAAUCUUCAAUAGUCUAGAUAUAUAAUUUAAUAAGAAUAAUUUAAAUAAAAAUUAAUUUAUUCUUAAUAAUAAAAAACAUCAAGUUUUUAUAUUCAUAAUUAUAAUGA